UUAAAGAAACGUUUUCCUAUAUAAUGAGACAGACUUAUGAUAGGUUUUUGAUUUUUGGAAGAUAUGUCAAUAAUAGCAUGAUGUGAAGCAGAGUAUGGGAUGAUAAGAUUGCUCACGACACGUCUCUUAAUCUUUCGAAUGUCAUUAUCUUUUAUUUUGUUUCUUUCUCGCCUUCUCUUCACUCUUCAGCAUAAGCACAACCAUGCCGUCUUCAACCGAAACUCUCCUAGAACGUGCUCGUCCCUUCCUCCGCGGGGAGCUCCAAUCCAUCGAUGAAAACCUCCCUUCGCUUGUCGGCGUCCUGCAGAGCGUGGGCGCUGGAGAGUGCUGGCACAAACAUGGCAGCUUCCUUCACCACCUUCUCGAUAUAUAUCGCAUUCUCACCCUCUGGAAAGCCCCUCACUCCGUCUGCCUCUGCGGUCUCUUCCACUCAGCCUACUCCAACUCCUACGUCAACCUCGCCAUCUUCGACCCUUCAACUGGCCGUGAAGUCGUUUGCCGCCACGUGGGCCACCAAGCCGAGGCUCUCAUCCACCUGUUCUGUGUAGUUCCCCGGCAGCCCCUCAUCCACGACGACCUUCUCUUCCAGUACUCCGAUCAAGAACUCGUGCAACACCUUGCCGAGUCAGAGAUAUCACUCAGGAACGCCAAAGAGAAGGGUGUCUUCGACGGGGAAGAAGGAUGGAGGAAGAAACUGCAGGGUCUUGUUCCGGCGGAGGGGGUUGAGGUGAAGCACAUUCGAACGGGUGAACGGGUUCAUGUUUCUCGGAGGAUAGUGGCUGUUUUCGUGAUGAUGACCAUGGCCGAUUUCUGUGACCAGUUAUUUGGUUUUCAGGAUGUGCUGUUUGAUAACCGGAACGGUCGGCUUGAGUUUUCUGGGAACAAUUUGGGGGCUCUGUGGCCGGGAGAUGGGAAGCCGGGUCUGUGGCUGAAUUCAAUUUCAAGGAUGGGAGCAGUGUACAACUUGAUUGCAAGGGAAGAAGAGAUUUUGAUUGAAGAGAAGAGAAGGAAGGUUGGUGGGGUGGUGGUGGAUGUGGAGAGAAAUGAAGAUAUUGAGCUGGUGUUGCCGCCAGUGUUUGAUGACUGCACAAAGGUUUUGGAGGCGGAAGAUCAAAUAGUUGCAAGAGAUUUGUACUGGGCAGCUGUGUGUGAGAAGGGGCUGGGGAAGGUUGAAGAUUUGCUUGUGGGGUGUAUAAGCAAAAACCCUUUCGUUGGAGAGCCAUAUGUGGUGCUGAGUCAGGUUUGUUUGACAGAGGGAAGGUUUGAGGAGGGUGAGAAACAUGCAGAGAAAGGACUGAGACUUUUGCUGGAAUGGGGAUGUCCCUGGGAUAAGAGAACUUCUUGGGAAGGUUGGGUUGCGUGGACAAGGGUGUUGCUGAUGAAGGCUAAGGAGAAAUCUUGGCCUCAGACUUCAUGGGGAAUCCUUAAUUUGGGUCUUGUAAAGUAGUGUUCGUUCACCUUCAUCAGUUCAGAUAUCUCAUUGCUGGUUUUAUGUUUUUUAUUUUAGCAGAAAGGAUUUGUGAUCGUUACUGUUAUGAGAAAUUGGGUUGUAAUCGAUAGAGUGUGGAUAAGAAGAGCAGACAGUAACAUCUAGAACUAUUAUAAAACUAUACCAAUCAUGUCUUUUCUUUUCGUUAUUGGGAAAUGAUAUUUUAACAAAA